AUGUUUGACAAAGAGUAUCUCCCUUCACAUGUGAAGCUGAGAUAUGUGAGAUAUGCGCUGAGAGCUCUCGUGCCCGAGCAGUGCAUCAAAGCCGUGCACCAAGCCGUGCACCAAGCCGUGCACCAAGCCGUGCAUCAAAGCCGUGCACAAAGCCGUGCACCAAGCCGUGCAUCAAAGCCGUGCACCAAGCCGUGCACCAAGCCGUGCACCAAGCCGUGCACCAAGCCGUGCACCAAGCCGUGCACCAAGCCGUGCAUCAAGCCGUGCACCAAGCCGUGCACCAAGCCGUGCACCAAGCCGUGCACCAAGCCGUGCAUCAAGCCGUGCACAAAGCCGUGCACCAAGCCGUGCACCAAGCCGUGCACCAAGCCGUGCACCAAGCCGUGCACCAAGCCGUGCACCAAGCCGUGCAUAAAGCCGUGCACCAAGCCGUGCACCAAGCCGUGCACCAAGCCGUGCAUCAAGCCGUGCAUAAAGCCGUGCACCAAGCCGUGCACCAAGCCGUGCACCAAGCCGUGCACCAAGCCGUGCACCAAGCCGUGCAUCAAGCCGUGCACCAAGCCGUGCACAAAGCCGUGCACCAAGCCGUGCACCAAGCCGUGCACCAAGCCGUGCACCAAGCCGUGCAUCAAGCCGUGCACCAAGCCGUGCACCAAGCCGUGCACCAAGCCGUGCACCAAGCCGUGCACCAAGCCGUGCACCAAGCCGUGCACCAAGCCGUGCACCAAGCCGUGCACCAAGCCGUGCACCAAGCCGUGCACCAAGCCGUGCACCAAGCCGUGCACCAAGCCGUGCACCAAGCCGUGCAUCAAAGCCGUGCACCAAGCCGUGCACCAAGCCGUGCAUAAAGCCAUGUAUCAAGUGUGUGCUGAAGGGAUAAUGUUGAAGAAUCUGAGUAUAUACGGUAUUGUAAUUGUGCUGGAAAUCACGUUCCUAAUUUCCCAGAGUGCCCGAUUAGGGUAA